GAAGAGCAACAGCAGACGGCUCAGCUGGAGAUGAAGCUUCGUUCCAUUGAGAGCAAACUUUUGUCCGGCGGUUCGGAUAAGUCGAUUGUUGAACGAACCCGUGAACAAGAGGCUGCACUGGAGGCGCAACGUCGCCGGCUUGCUGAGCAGCGCCGAAGAGAGCGUGAGAUAGUCGCCCGAAUGGAGGAGGAGGCAGGCAGCAUGGCCAAUCUGCAAGAUAAUUUCACUUCACUCAAACAGGAGGUUGAAGUGAAUACGAGGCGACUUAAGAAGUUGUACGAAAAACUGCAGGUAGACGUCUGCUCACUUUCUGAGUGCUAA